UAUUACACAAAGGCUUUCAGCAAACAGUAAACCUGUUACGACCUAGAAGAGCUGCCUGCAGGUACUAUACCCACCCUUGAUCGGGGCUGCCAAACUUCCAGCUAUUGCUGAAAUGCUAAUGGGAACAUUUGUGAAAAGAGAGUCGUCGAAACUCCACAAACAAAGACAGUGAUAAGUGUCAAAGUACUUUAGAAAGUGUUGCACCCGGAAGAGAGAGGUAUUUUAACUGCGUUACAGAGCAAUAAACCUGCUUUGUUCAGACUUUUUUGGAACUGAGAAGGCAGAAAAGCAGAAAGCUGUGCCGAUGAUUUGGAGGCAUCCAGAAUUUCAUUGUAACAAACAUACAGUAAAUUAACAGCAGCAACUACCAUGGCUUUAAUUGUAACAAAAGCCUUUUACUCCAUCUUUGUUUUUGUCAUGGUUUUAUUAUGGGACGUCAUGGCUGAAAAUGAGCCAACAACAGCAUUAAACAAUGUCACAUCUACACCCCAGGUGACCUCUGUGAAUGUAUCAAGUACUGACUUUAUUUCUUCAAUGCAUUCAACUAUUGAUAAUACGAAUACUUCAAGUUCUGGCUCAAGCACAGGUCAUGAAAACACUACAACGUUCAGUGCUUUUUUUACUUCAACCAGCUCUAGAACAGAAAAUCCCCCAUCUGAGAAUGGAUCUCUGAGUACCACAACUAUUGCUACUUUGCUGUCUACCAUCAAUGAAUCAGUUACUGGUUAUACUGGUGGUACAAGUCGUUUAACUCUAAACACAACCUAUCCAGCCCAAGAACAUUCUACUUCGUACAACAAUACUCAAGCAGUAACAUCAUUCGAAUGGACUUCUGUAAAUUCUACAAAUACAGGGCAAGAUGGAAUAAUUUCUAAUUUAAAUGAUUCUGAGACCAUUUUGACUUCAAUCUUCAGCACAAUUUUAGGCAUUGUUGUUCUGGCCAUAUUUGCCUUCAUCUUAAGGAAAUACAGGAAAAGGAGAUCUCAGUAUUCUCACCAACCACUAAAUGAAUAUCCAUAUGAUUCAGCUGACAGGUAUUCUGCUCCAGAUGACACACUAGUAAUAUCUGGAGGGUUAUAUGACGGACCCCGAAUUUACAAUCCUAACAUGACAGCUCUAGAAGAGGAGGAUUCUCAGCCUGAUUAUGUUCCAUUUAAUUCAAGACCAGGACAAUUCAGACUUGAAUUUCUACCAGGCGAAAAGGAGAUGAAUCCCAGUUUUAAUGGGUCCACUUUGGAUACACACAAUUCACUGCAAAGAAUUGUCUAACACUAAGAUAUAUAUAUACAAAUGCCCAACCAGUCUGCCAAAAACUGUCCAGCCAGUGUGACUAUGUAUUACUUGUUUAAAUGAAUACUAUCAAUUCUAUAAGAGAUGACACUGCUUUGUAUGCAUUUUAAGCAUAGUGAAACAUUAGGGCUGGCAUAACCGCCCAGUCAGGUCCCCAGCAGCUAGAAGAGCAGAGUAAGCAGGCUAUUGUAUAAAAGUGGCUCACUUGAGUAGGGCAAGUGGGCAGCAAUGUGCUUUUCAAUUAGAGCAGCCAUUUUCUUACAUCGAUGACAGUGUCCUUUUAAAUCAACAAAAUACCUUAAGGCUAAUUUUUAAACUGGCUUUAAAUGGUGGUCCUUGCAAAAACAGCAUCAGCAACAUAGUAAUAUAGAGCACCCACAAUCUCAAUAUUUAUGAAGAACCGCCUUUGUUCCGGUUGUUUUGUAACAAAAAAUGCAUUUUGUAAACCCAAAACUCACACAUUGUAUAUUCAUUAAUGUAUGUAUAUUAAGUGACCUCAAAUUUCAAUUCACAAUCACUAAAAGGAAUCUGUCUAAACUCUAAACUAUAAGAAUUCUUCAAAAACAAAAAUGUAUUUGUGGUAACAAAAUUAAUUUGGCUGACUCAGCUACAAUGUAAAUACAUAAUUAUUUUUUAACUACAAAUUCUGUGAACACAAAACAUUAUAUAGUAAUAAAAAGAAACUGUCAAAAUCUAUUUUACUUCCUUUUGUGUCCCCAGGGUCGCAGCACGUAAUACAAUGUAAAUAGUUUGAGCUUACAAAAUGCAUUGGGACAUCAUUUAACUUUGGCAUGGGCAAAGGUGAUAGAGUAAUUAGAGUGCUUAAAAUUUAACCCCUUCAGGGCCCAUGCAUAAAGCACAUGAGAAUGGUCUGUGCACCAUGCACUGGUUUAAAACUAAGGGCUUGUUAAAGGUUAAUUAACCAUGUUACUAAAGAAUGUACACAAUACUCCUAUCAUUCAGGAAUGCUCCCGAGUGAAGUCUUUGCAGGGAACUGCCUUUUGUGAAGGAAAUUAUAAAACUAUUUGCACUUUCCCAGACUUUAAGAUUAUUAACAUUUCACAGCCCAGUACAGAAGAGUCUAGCAGCAGGCAAAUACAACUUAAAAAAAAAAUGCAAUGUUACUUGCCUUCUAUAGCCACCAAUGCAAAAUCACCCAUUAUGAGCACAAGCCAAAUUCUGACAUUUUUCAAUUUUGCAGAAAAUCUGUGAAAAAUGUCAGAAUGUUAGGAACAGCUUGAUCAUUUUAAUCGUCCGCCCACAUGUGUUUGCAUAUUUUUGUUCAAGUAUUAUUUGGUGUCUUUAAUUCACAAAAUCACAAUAUUAUGCAGUGCAAUGUAGCCAGUUUGUGGCUCAGUGUGUAACAGUGAAUGGGGAAUAAGAGUGUCAAACUACUAAGCAAAUAAAUACACUGUAUAGAUAUACAAGAAAACACUAAAUACAAAAAAUAACAGAUGUAAUGAUCACACUUUCUUCAAAUGCUUUAUAGCUUUGGCUAUCCUUAGAUAUGUAACAAUAAUUGCCAUAAAGAGCACUUACUGUCUCACUGCACCUUAAAUAUAGCAUACUUUGUCUUGCCUUAAAUAUUCAAUAUUGUGUGUACUUUUCAAUGCUUUGCUAGUGUACCAUGAUAAAAUCUGUUGGCUUGAUGGAUCCAUUUCAGACAGAUAUUCCUAAAUGUUGCAUUUGCUUAAUAUUUUCUGGUAUUCCUUUACUAAUGGCCCUAGGGAGCAUCUAUACACUUCCCAUAGUGCUACCCAACAGUGUAGUACAGAAUAAACAAAACAAGCACUGGUGCUCCGGUUUCCUUCCACAUUACAAAAGACCAUACACGCAGGUAAAACGGCUGCCGAUAAAAUUGACCAUAGUGCGUGUCUGCUAGAAAUUAGAGUGUAAGAUCCUUUGAGUGAAUGAUGCAUUAUCUUUAAAGAGCUAUGGGAUAUAUAAAUAAAGGAUUACAAUCAUCAUUGCAACAAGCCAUACUUAUGUGUUAGCCCCUAUCUUUGCGGAUUAUGUUGGCACUAUAUACACAUAAAGUCAUACAUCAAAUAAAAUGUACUUGCUUGUGAGAUCCAUAAGGGUAAGAACCCAUGGAGUGAGUUAGUCACUCUCAAUAGAUCACUGCUAUCGCGGGCGAGUAACCGUUCCGAAAAGGCUUUCCGCUGGCAACAAUAAGUCUUUCUCCUGCAGGCAACUUCACGUGACUUCAGAAAACAAAGCGAUGCAAAGCAGAGAUCUAUCAUGGGGACUAACUCACUCCAUGGGUUCUUAUCCUAACAUACACUUUGUUCACAUUAAAUCAGUUUAUUCAAACAGUUUAUUUCAGCAUACAAAACAAAUUAUAAAAAAUUCCUACCAACUGGGCUCUACCUUCACACAUUUGACAUUUGAAGUUCCCUCACUAAAUUGGGCCCUUGUGGACCUCCAAUAACAACACACACAUGUUUUGAUACUCCUUUGGGGGUGGCUUUUCUCAGUUCCUUAGUGACUUAAACUCUCAGUCCCUUGGUCAAAGACUUCCUCUGCUCCUUGCAGUGGCAGGCAGCACCCCCAGCAGCUCUGGGAGUUCCUUACACAGACAGAUUUUCCUGCUCUAUGCCCUGCUCAGAGAGACCUUCCUAACUUUCUCACUACAAAACAUUAUCUGUUUAGCAACAUCUCCCUCGAAGCUUAUAUCUCCCACAAUGGAGAACUUAAAGGAAUACUGUCAUGGGAAAGUAAAUAGAGCUGCUACAGCAGAAUCCUGCAUUGAAAUCCAUUUUUCAAGAAUACAGAUUUUUUUUAUAUUUAAUUUUGAAAUUUCACAUGGGGCUAGCCAUAUUCUUCAUUUCCCAGGGUGCCACAGCCAUGUGACCUUUGAUAAGUAAGUAAGUCACUCUCUCUCUCUGUCCUUACCAAUCCUUAAAUUGCAGGUUGUUUCUGUUUUACAUACACAUACUUUAUUUAAAGACUCCCAGUCUAGUUUAGUUUAGUAAUUGACACUCAGCAAGGAAGGACAUAUUUAUCAACCCUGAUACCUGUAUCAAUUUGCCUUGAAUAGUCAACACAAUAGCAAAUAGCAAGCAGGAAUGAAUGAUUCAGAAUUUUUUUUUCACAAAUUGCGAAAUCUAGAAUGUUAAAUAUUCAAGUAGUAACCUUCAUCACAGCUUGGUAAAAACACCCCACAGAUUCAGCCCGAUAGUUUUAAUGAGCUUAUAUGUACAAAUGGUUUCCAGCACAAAGAUGGAAGUGUACAUAAUAAAAUAUACAAACUGUGAAAAUGUUUAAGAAAUGAAGUAGAUUCUAUAUAGCAGUGGAGCUUAUAUUGUAAGGUAUAAACACUGAGCAAUCAAUACUGAGAUGCUUCAUUAGAACACUACUGCCAUAAAAGUAGAAAACAAAUAACCAAACACAAAACAAUGUAAAGGGCACAACUUGCAUUGUUUUGAUUAUUAACUGUAUGGUUGGACUCUUACGCAUCCCAGUUAAUAACAUGUGUAAGUAGCAUCAUCUUUUCAUCACUUUUUGGUGCCUUAUUGUCUUUAUAUUGUCCUUUUAUUGAUGUCCUUUUAUCUAUAAUGGUUAAAUACUGUAAUGUAACAUUUUGUGCCAUUACUUUUUUAAACUGAAUUCUAAAAUAAAACUGAAUUUUUCUUUAAA